AUGGCGACGAGCUUGGCUCUAUUACGUUCAAGUAGCCGCGGCCAGCUGCUACUACUUUGUGGUCGACCAUCUACCAGUUCCGAUGAAGUACAGAGUUUCACAUCCACGCUGCUUCUAGGAGCUAGGCAGCAGGCAUCAUUAAAGCUGUAUGACGAGAGUUCAUUCAUCUUCAGAAGACGAACACAUCUUUGUUUACCUGAGCUUCAAAACUCCAUGUCUCCUUUUUUAAUGCUUUCAAGUCUCAACUCUCAUUCUUAUCCAUGUUUCCUAUCAUCGUUAGGGUUAGCUUACUUGAAAUGGUGCACCCACCAGGACCCUCCAACAUUCUUUAUUUGCUCAUCAACCCGGAAAAAAACCAAGCAUGACACAAGUAAAGGGGGAAAUGAUCGUGAAAACGUAUUGAAUAUUUCACCGGUGAGACGAACGGUUUAA